AUGGCUGGGCAAAAAGCCAUUGACCUCUUCCAUUGGGAGGCAACUCAGAAGCUUAAGAAAAGUUCUCAAGGGUCUCUUGAAUGGAAAAAGUCACUUCCCCGACCUCAAGACACAGAAUUUCGACGGAAUUACCAAGUUCCAGCUAAAAUGCCUGAGUAUCAGGAUUUUAGUUUCAAAUAUGGAUGCUACUCAAGCCGGCCAGUUGCUUCUCAGGGUAUAGUUCCUUCUGUGCUCCAUAGCUACAUGAGGAAUCAGGAGCUUACCAAGAAUCAAACCACAUACCAGAGUCAUUAUGGGAAUGCUUACUUGGAUUUCUUAAUGAUUUUAAACUCAUUUAACCCCUCUCAGAUCACAGAGUACCUGAAUAAGGUUUCCUACAAAGACAGACAGAUUCUUGAACGCUUCAUUCGUUCUCACUGUGACACUGACCACGGGAAGACAUGA